AUGAAAUUGUAUUAUUUUUUUCUCCUAUCAUAUUCUGUUGCCUGCUUCAAAUGUCCAGAUGGUUCCUGGCCAGACAAGCGAAAGGCGAUUUGUAAUCCAAAAACUGUUGAGCAUCUGACCUUUGACGAUCCACUGGGAACAGUGCUGACUAGUCUCAGCAUUCUCCUUUCAAUUAUCCCUGCAUUUAUACUGUGGACUUUUAUAAAAUUCAGAGACACACCAAUGGUAAAAGCAAACAAUCGCAGCCUCAGCGACUUCCUUCUUGCUGCUCUUUCUCUUUGUUUCCUCUGCUCCUUAAUAUUUAUUGGAAAACCUCACACUGUAAGCUGCUUACUUCGUCAGCCUGCAUUUGGUCUUAUAUUUGCUGUCUGUGUUUCUUCUAUCUUGGCAAAAUCUAUCACUGUAGUAAUUGUUUUCAAAACAGCAAGGCCAGGAGGCUUGCAGCAGAUGUGGCUGGGAUCCAGGACACCAAGUAUUAUUGGAUUGGUCUGUGCUGUUGUACAGGUCAUCAUCUGUACUGUUUGGCUUGAAUAUGCACCACCUUUUCCAGAAAAAAAUAUAAAAACAUAUAAAGACAAAAUUAUUCUAGAAUGCAAUGAAGGUUCAAUUGUCCUGCUUUACUUCAUGCUGGGAUACCUUGGAGUAUUAUCAAGUGUUUGUUUUUUAGUAGCCUUUUUAGUACGAAAAUUACCAGACAGAUAUAAUGAGGCAAAAUUCAUCACAUUUAGCAUGCUUAUCUUUGUUAGUGUUUGGCUUUCAUUCAUACCAGCCUACCUGAGCACCAAAGGAAAGUACGUGGUUGCUGUAGAAAUAUUUGCAAUAUUGUCAUCAGGGUUUGGAUUGCUGAGCUGUAUUUUCUUCCCAAAGUGCUACAUAAUUUUACUUCAACCUGAUCAGAAUAUAAAAGUAGCAUGGAAACCAAAAUAA